UCGAGGAGAGAAAAAGUUAGAGAGGGGGACUGCUGAGGUGCAGCCACAGCCAGGACCACUGGAGCCUCUGCACGCGCAACAAACAGCCGAGAACAAGUGCCUUUCUGACCAUUUUCUAUUUCACUGAGAAGCAAGUGUGCAGAGGGGGAAUUAGGGCUAUGCCUCGCGAGUAGAAAGAAAGUAGAUUUUGUGAGUGGUGUCCUGUUUAAUUCCCACAAGAUGAAUAAAGACUUGAAGAGCCUGAGCCAGCUCGCCGUGCCUCUGCUGCUUUUCGCCCUGUGCGUCGCGGUGCAGCGAACAGAGUCAGCGGCUUGCCAUGGCUGUGUGGGAUCCAAAUGUGACUGCAGUGGAGUAAAAGGAACCAAGGGUGAACGGGGUUUCCCGGGUCUCACCGGACAGCCAGGGGUUCCAGGUUUCCCCGGACCUGAGGGGCCAAUCGGAGGCAGAGGAGAGAAGGGUACCGAUGGAUCUCAGGGGCUUUAUGGUCCAAAAGGAAUAAGAGGGCCAUCUGGAUUGCCAGGAUUCCCAGGAACGCCAGGACUUCCCGGUCUGCCCGGCCAGGAUGGACCUCCAGGGCCGAGAGGAAUUGCGGGCUGCAACGGGACAAAGGGUGACAGGGGGUUCCCAGGAAUUGGAGGAAUCCUCGGUCAGCAGGGACAGCCGGGUGUACCUGGUCUGCCAGGAAUAAAGGGCGACCCAGGUGAUGUGAUCUCCACCAAUCGUUUUGGAGAGAAAGGUUCAGUGGGACUGCCCGGACUACCAGGAGUUCCUGGAAGUUCUGGACCACCCGGUUCGCAAGGCCCACUCGGCCCACAAGGACACAGAGGUCCUGACGGUCGUUCAGGUCCUCCCGGCAGUCCCGGACCAAAGGGAAACAUGGGAUUGAACUUCCAAGGCCCCAAAGGAGAGAAGGGUGAACCAGGUCUAGCAGGCCCUGCUGGUCCUCCGGGACAAGUGGGAGAACAGAAGAGACCCCCAGAGACGGAGAUCCAGAGAGGAGAUAAGGGAGACCCCGGUCUUCAAGGUCUUCAAGGUGAUCCAGGAUAUCCAGGAGUCCCUGGUCCCUCAGGAGGCCAGAAAGGAGGCAAGGGAGAAGCAGGAGAUGCAGGCAAACGAGGCAAAAACGGCAAAGAUGGCGACCCCGGUGGUCCAGGCUUCCCCGGAGGUAAAGGAGACUCAGGCCAGCCAGGUCCUCCAGGAAGGGAUGGGGAGACGGGUUUCAAAGGUGAUCGUGGAUACCCAGGCCCACCAGGCGUGGUGAUCGGCUCGCAGACGGGGGGGCAGGUCGGCCCUAAAGGUGAGGCCGGCUACCCCGGAUCACCUGGAUACAAAGGAGAGAGAGGACCAGGAGGUUUAUCGGGCCCUCCAGGAGCCCCAGGACUCUCAGCUACUGGGGGUGGAGGCGUCUCAGGACCUCCAGGCUUCCAGGGAGAGAAAGGUUUGAAGGGAGAUUCUGGCGUUCCCGGUCUUUCUCUGCCGGGACCCCCAGGACGAACAGGGUCCAACGGGGGUCAGGGAGCUCCAGGACUCCCCGGACCUCCAGGAUUCUCCUCGGGUCAACAAAACUGCGUUGCCGGAGAGUCCGGACGCCCAGGAGUCCAGGGAGAGAGAGGGUUCCCCGGAGGGUCUGGACAGAAAGGUGAUAAGGGCGAGACGUGUGUGAACUGCUUUGGAGGUACCUCCGGCAUCCAAGGACCCCAAGGACCUGCCGGACAACCAGGAUUCCCCGGAACUCCCGGAGGUCCAGGAGUCAAAGGAGACCGAGGAUACCCAGGAUCUCCAGGCUCCUCUGGACCCGCUGGUCCCUCCGGUUCUCAGGGUUCUCCAGGUUUCCCCGGACCGAAGGGAGACCCCGGAGAUGCCGUCACGGUGAGCGGUGGGCGGGGAGAGAAGGGAGACAGCGGAUUCCCCGGAUCUCCCGGUCUUCCCGGUUUGGACGGUCGACCCGGUCGCGAUGGACAACCCGGAAACUCAGGAGCCAAAGGAACUCCGGGUUCCCUGCUGGUGAAAGGAGAGCGAGGACCCCCUGGUGACUCAGGUCCCUCUGGUAACCCAGGAGACAGAGGUCCUGGCGGGGCCCCGGGCUUCGGACCUCAAGGGUCUACAGGAGACAAAGGUGUCCAAGGAGUCUCCGGAAGAUCUGGAGGGCCCGGUGCCCCCGGUACUAAAGGUGAACCCGGUCUAGCAAUUGCAGAGAAAGGAUCAUCAGGGUCACCAGGACUGGACGGCUCUUCAGGAUCGCCCGGAUCACCAGGUAACCCCGGUGGGCCCGGACAGAACGGUUUCCCGGGAUUACCGGGAAUGAAGGGAGACCCCGGACUUCCUGGCAUCGGACUCCCAGGACCCCCAGGAGUAAAAGGAUUCCCAGGUAUUCCCGGUCAGAACGGACCUUCAGCAGGACCAGGAAGACCCGGAGUGGACGGACUUCCUGGUCAGCCUGGAUUCCCUGGAUCUAAGGGUGAGCCUGGUUUUGGUCUACCCGGCCCCCCCGGUCUCCCAGGAGUCCCUGGAUCUAAAGGCUUCAUCGGAGUAAAGGGAGACCCCGGCUUCUCUGGAGGCCCCGGCUCUCCUGGAAGAUCUGGAUCUGAUGGCGGUCCUGGAUCCAAAGGUGACCCUGGAACAUCUGGAAUACCUGGAGCUCGCGGCCCACCUGGAUCCCCCACCACGGGCUCUCUGGGGCAGCCUGGCCCCCCCGGACCCUCCGGACCAAUGGGAUCACCAGGAUUCCCCGGAUCAAACGGAGGGAAGGGAGACCCCGGACCUCCAGGUCUGGAUAUCCCCGGUCUGCCAGGAGAGAGAGGAGGAAACGGUUUCCCAGGAUCCCCGGGACAAGUGGGAACCCCGGGACCCCUUGGAGGGCCAGGACGCGACGGCCUGCCCGGACUGCCAGGUCAGAAAGGAGACAUGGGCUCCAUGGGAACUCCAGGACCCUCAGGGGGACCAGGAGGCCCCGGAGGACCCGGCGGACCCGGAUUUAAAGGUGAACCAGGAUUCUCAGGAAGAGACGGAUCUCCCGGCGGUCCCGGAGGAAAAGGAGACAGAGGAGACCCCGGCGUUACGGGACCUCCAGGAGCUAGUCUGCCCCCGUCCGUCACAAAGGGAACCAAAGGAGACCCUGGACUACCAGGUGGACCAGGUUUUUCCGGUCAGAAAGGUGUCCCCGGUCUGUCAGGUGACCCCGGUCUCUCAGGAUCAGACGGUCGCCCUGGACUCCCCGGACCACCAGGUCCAAAGGGAGAUUCUGGCAUCCCAGGAGGCCCCGGUGGUUCUGGAGGUCCUGGAGGAAAGGGCAGCAUGGGAGAAAUGGGAUUCCCAGGACCAUCAGGACAGAAGGGUCUGUCAGGUCAGCCAGGUAGAUCAGGAGGUCCAGGACAACCCGGAGGAUCUGGUUUCCCCGGAUCUAAAGGUGAACCCGGAUCUGCUGGAGUCGGACCCCCCGGACCCGGAGGACUUAAGGGUGAAACAGGUCAGCCAGGCUUCCCAGGAAAUUCAGGACUUAAAGGAACUCCAGGAUCUUCAGGUCAACCAGGAGGACCAGGAGGACCAGGAUCCAAAGGAGACCCCGGACUGCCAGGAUUCCAAGGUUCCCCCGGUAUUCCCGGUCCUAAGGGUCUGGACGGCGGUUCCGGUGGUCCUGGUCUCACUGGAGCUCCAGGUAGACCAGGAGAGUCUGGAAGAUCAGGAGGUCCAGGACAACCCGGAGACAAGGGUCAGGCGGGUCGGGACGGGAUCCCAGGACCAGCUGGAGUCAAAGGAGACCCAGGUCUUCCAGGUUACGGUGGACCCGGCGCUUCCGGACUUCCAGGAUUGCCCGGCUCAAAGGGAGACUCCGGUGGUCCUGGCCCAUCUGGCACUCCUGGUUUUCCCGGAUCUAAGGGAGAUGCUGGUUUUCCCGGAAACCCUGGUCCCUCAGGCAACAGUGGCCCUUCAGGGUCUCCAGGUCUAGCUCUGCAGGGCCCCAAAGGACUCUCAGGAUCCCCUGGACCCCCCGGAAGAGCAGGUCAAGGUGGGCCCCAGGGUCCUCGUGGUCCCCCAGGAAGUGGCGGCAUUAAGGGAGAUAGGGGUAUUCCCGGCGCUCUUGGUCAGCCAGGCUUUGGAGGACAGAAGGGAGAGAGUGGUGGUCCCGGAUUCCCAGGUACAUCUGGUCUUAACGGCGGCUCUGGUUUGAAGGGAGAUAUCGGUCUUCCCGGCGUUCCUGGUUUCCCUGGAUCAAAGGGAGAUUCUGGACUUCCUGGCGGCAGCGGCCUCAACGGAGAUCCUGGAGAUGCCGGAGGCCCCGGCCCUCCUGGUGACCCCGGUCUUUCUCCCACUCCCAUCGUGGUGAAGGGAGAGCGCGGACCCCCCGGACCCUCAGGCCUGCCUGGAGGUCGAGGAACACCUGGUUCACCUGGGCGUGAGGGACUUACAGGUCAGCCUGGUGGCCCCGGAGAUUCUGGUCCUGAUGGGCCUCCUGGCUUCAGCGGACCCAACGGCAGGAAGGGAGACACGGGCCCCGCCGGCAGCCCCGGCACGCGUGGUAUCCCCGGCCCCACUGGUUCUGACGGUCCUCAGGGUCUCCCCGGUCCUCCAGGAUCAGGGUCUGCAGCCCACGGCUUCCUGAUCACUCGUCACAGUCAGGGACAGGAAGUGCCGUUCUGCCCCGAGGGAACCAGCCCCAUCUACGACGGAUACUCUCUGCUCUACGUGCAGGGCAACGAGCGCGCGCACGGACAGGACCUCGGUUCGGCCGGCAGUUGUCUGCGCCGCUUCAGCACCAUGCCCUUCAUGUUCUGCAACAUCAACAACGUUUGUAACUUCGCCUCCCGCAACGACUACUCCUAUUGGUUGUCCACACCCGAACCCAUGCCCAGCUCCAUGGCCCCCAUCACCGGGGAGGGGAUCAAGCCUUUCAUCAGCAGGUGUUCGGUUUGUGAAGCUCCAGCCAUGGUGAUCGCAGUGCACAGUCAAACCAUCCAGAUCCCCGCCUGCCCCUCAAACUGGGAGGCUCUGUGGAUCGGAUACUCCUUCAUGAUGCACACCAGUGCCGGUGCAGAGGGUUCGGGUCAGGCUCUGGCCUCCCCCGGCUCCUGUCUGGAAGAGUUUCGCAGCGCUCCCUUCAUCGAGUGCCACGGCAGAGGAACAUGCAACUACUACGGGAACUCCUACAGCUUCUGGCUGGCCACGGUGGAACCCUCCGAGAUGUUCAGGAAGCCCCAGUCUGAGACUCUGAAGGCGGGUAACCUGCGGACUCGUGUGAGCCGCUGCGUGGUCUGCAUGAAGAGGACGUAACGGCAAACGGCAACAGAACACACCUUUAACCGGGGACACACGAUCAAUAACGCGAUGAUUGGAUGACGGGGGGGGGGGGCGUUAGUCACAUCGACAACACCAUGACGACAAGGUGGAUCCAACGGUGGAUUUGUCUCCCGGAUUAAAAAAAAAAACAACCUUACACCUUAAACAAUGGUGCUACUGUGCAACACAGCUUAAAAAAAAAAAAAAAAAAAAAAGUAAAGAAUCUUGCAUUUUAUUCUUUGUUCCUCUUAAGAAGUACCUCAGAAAGGAAAAUGAUCCACUAAAUGGUGCCAUGAUGGAUGUGUGACAACAAAUAUUCAACUCUUAUCCCUUCUUUCCUCUCUCUCCUUUUUUUAAAGCCACUUUUGACGACAAACAUGUGAUAGUGUAGUCUACACAGAAGUGCUCUUUUGUUUUUGUUGGCCUUGUUGAUGAGGAGGUUACCAAAUGGGCACUUUGACUUCGGAACAUCCAAGAUGAGAGAUGCACUGACGAUGAGCUUUCCGUAGUGAGACUGCCUUUUUUUAUUACUAAAAACUCUGUCUCUCCUCCCGCGUCAUUUCUCUGUCGUUCAAACGUCUGGUGGUACUAACCCUGCUGUAGCCCGACUCUAACAUCACACCUUCUUCCUUUUUUUUGUAAGUAAUAAAAUGUGUAUAUUGUGUAAAACACCUUUUUUUGUUUUUAGUGUAUUAGGGUCCUGAAUCGGUACCAGCUGUUUGUUAUACGACCAUUUUUCCAGGUUCUUUUUAGCUCACACUAUCACACACACAUUCAACACUCACUGACACACAUCCACUCAGAUUUUUGUACAAAGUAAGGCUUUUAUGAAUGAAACAGUAUUUUAUAUAUAAUAAAUAUAUAUUUGAAAAAGAGGUUAAAAGGUAUAUAAACUUUAUUUCGGCUGUGGGGGAGAUUGUUCACUGUUUUCAAACACACAAAAAGAAAGAAAAUCACCGACAGAGCCGUUUCCCUGACAGUCUUGUAUGAUAUUAACGAAGCCAAUCGCUUUUGUAUUCAAAUUGUAGAGUUGAUAAAUAAAGGGGGUUGCUUUUAGGUAGUCUAAUGAUUAGGGGAAAAUAUUUGUGCAAAAAAAAAAAAGGAUUUGAAUUAAAUCUUGGCUCCUUGAUUA